UGUAGAUGCAAUGUGAAGAAGGGAUGAUUAUCACUUGUCAUUUAUUCAGUAAAGUAACUGCAGUUUAUGAAUAUACUAUGUCUAUCGUUCUAUGUAGCCUAUAGAAUAUACAUACAUUUUUGAGAGACAAUCCAUUCAAUGGGGAUGUCUGGCGCAGCCUAUGGACCAUUAUGAUUAGAAUAUUGGACUUGGAUUCUAUGUACCAUGUUAUUAUUUCAGUCUGAUUAAAAUUAUGGACCGAAUAUCUGACUAGGCAUCUUGCCACAAGGAAAUGUGACAUAUCAGCAUUUGUUUUUUUGACAGAAAUGUUGAAAGGUAACGGCGGAAUGACCACGAGCGACUGUCUAGAAACACCUCUCCAGCAACAUUAUUUUGUUUACAUUUUUUAAGAUAUUAUUUUUGCUAUGCUCUAUUGCGCAGGCGUGCUGGCCGGGGUCGCUGUCACCGCGCUUCGCUACAUUAUUGCGUGAUUUAGCCUGUAUGGGAGGAAAGUGAAGAAAACAGAACAUUAAAAUGAAUCGGCAAAGUGGUCUUGCGGCAGCGAAAGGAUUUACUUGUGAUCCUUAAAAAUACAUUGUACCAACGAAGAAUGUCAGGGACAUCAAAUGCAGAAUCUGCUGAAGGAGUAGUCUCCAAAGUUAAAGUCAAAAAGCAGAUCAAGACUAUCGUGAAGGAUUUGGAGACCAUCCUGGGAGACUUGAGGGAUGUAGCCAAGGAACUCAAAGAGGUUGUGCAUGAGAUCGACUCCCUCACGUGUGACCUACAGCUGGAGGAAGAGAUGACGGACAGUUCCAAGACAGACACCCUGAACAGCAGCUGUAGCAGCAGCACCACCACAGCCUCCAGCAUCGACAAGAUCAAGAUCUACCCUGACGACACCAUCUUUAGGCCCCAGUGUGUCCUGACCGUGCUGAAGAAGCCCCACCCUCCACUGCCCCCUCCCAGGCUGACACCCGUCAAAGCAGAGGAGCACAACAAGAACCCACUAUCAGGGAGCCUACUAGCCAAGGCUAACGGGACUCUUAUGCGUAAUGGAGUUUUCCCAGGGAAGCCAAACAGAGACUUAUCGUGCUGCAUCUCUAAUAGUACAAAGGAAGAGAGACGACUUAUGCCCAUGCCUUUGCUACGGCAUGAAAAGACCAAAUGCCCCCAGGCAACCCGGGAGAGGGUCAGAUUCAGUGAAAAGGUCCAGUAUCACGGGUACUGCCCUGACUGUGACCUGCAAUAUGACGUCGACAACACAGAUAUGCACUUACAGACAGAAUUGACCGAUGACAUGAGCCCUGUCCAUCAGUGUUCCUCCUCCUCACCACCAUCCCAGCUCAUGUUAGAAAAUGGCGGCCUCAGUGUCAGCCAUAGUUUCCCUCCUACAAACCUGCCUUGUGUGCCUCAUCCUAACCCUUCCCUGAAACCACAGAAAACCAUCCUGCGAAAAUCAACCACCACAACGGUUUGAUGUUAAUCACCCUUAAUUUAAAUAUUUCUAAAUAAUUUAUAGUGUUUUCUAUUUCAUGAGCAUCUAUUUCUACCCCAGUCAAACGUCGAAUAUCUAAACGAUGAGGAAAAGAGAGAUAGACAACGUGGCCAUGAGCUCAGAAAUGCACAAGGAGAGAUUGAACGG